GUAUCAUUUUGAUUGGAUGGCUUCUCACAAAUCUCCAAAAUAGAGCAAGGUUUAGCCAUAAAAAUUGUAUUUACUUUUCUUUUAGUCUAGGAAAGCUACUAUUCCAUCUCAACAGAACCUGAAGAUUCGUACCAAAAUGUAUUGUGGAGAUUAUACACAAGGAACAAUUCUUCCUGCUCCAAAUUUUAACCCUCUAAUGGAUGCCCAGUUGCUAGGAGGAGCCCUACAGGGAAUUAGUUGUGAAAAAGAUGUGUUGAUUGAAAUCCUAACUCAGCGUUGCAACUCCCAGCGGCUCAUGAUUGCAGAGGCGUACAGAGACAUGUACGGCAGGGAUCUGAUAACAGACCUAAAAGAGAAUCUCUCUCAUCACUUUAAAGAAGUUAUGGUUGGCAUGAUGUAUCCACCUGCCUCCUAUGAUGCCCACGAGCUUUGGCAUGCCUUGAAGGGAGCAGACACAGAAGAAAAAUGUCUAAUUGACAUACUAGCCUCAAGAUCAAACAUGGAGAUAUUCCAGAUUAAAGAAGCCUACCUAAUGCAAUAUAAUACUGAUCUUCAACAAGAUAUCGAUUCUGAGACUUCAGGUCACUUCAGAGAUACACUCAUGAACCUUGCCCAGGGAACAAGGAUGGAAGGAUAUGCAGACCCUUCUACAGCUGCUCAGGAUGCAAUGAUUCUAUGGGAGGCAUGUCAGCAGAAGACAGGCGAACACAAAAAUAUGCUGCAAAUGAUUCUCUGCAACAGGAGUCACCAGCAGUUGUGGAUGGUCUUCCAGGAGUUCCAAAAUAUCUCUGGGCAAGACAUAGUAGAUGCCAUUAAUGAAUGUUACGAUGGAUACUUUCAAGAGUUACUGGUUGCAAUAGUUCUCUGCAUUCGUGACAAGCCUUCCUACUUUGCCUACAGGCUUUAUAAUGCAAUUCAUGACUUUGGGUUUCACAAUAAAACAGUUAUUAGGAUUCUCAUUGCCAGGAGUGAGAUAGACUUGAUGAACAUACGCCAGCGAUACAAAGAGAGAUAUGGAAAAUCACUCUUCCAUGACAUCAAACAUUUUGCUUCAGGGCAUUACGAGAGUGCUUUACUUGCAAUCUGUGCUGGUGAUACAGAAGAUUAUUAAGAGGAUGAACUCUGAAGGCUGUGCAAACCUAUUUUAAAUAGAAAUUGAAGCUAUAUGCAAUGCUCUAACUGUAUGAGACCUCUAUUUUACAUAACAGAACAGCAAAAUUUGUACUGUACAUUUGCUAGUAUUAAAUCUUUCUUAAGACAGGAAAAAAUGUUGGCAGGAACAUGGUUUUAUCCCUGGUUCUAAUUAAUAUUUCUGGUUUUGUGAUUAAAGUAAAUUAAUGGAGCAAGUGGUAAAAUUACUCCAUGGAAGCACUUGUUUAUCGUUUAGUGUUACAACAUCCCAAACAUCUAUCAACAUGCUCUGGAAGAAUUUGUUCACUUCCACACUGGGGAGAAAAAAAACUAUUUUGCUUUAUUUACUUUUAGCAAGAAGAUUUCUUCCUUUAAGGAUUUUUUUUAUCUUCUCCUUUCUACUUCUUAUACCUCAUAUUCUAUGCUCUUGAACAUUAUUGUUUUAGUUACUAUCACACUAAGCGUCUGCCCCCAUCUAUUAUCAGUCACUCACCAGAGUGCUUUUGUAUUCUCUUUUACUUAGCUCACAUACUUAAUAGCCUUUCCCCUUUUUGCUUGAAACAAAAGUAGAAAUUCAAAUCAAAUACUCCAUCCAUUCCAGUGCCAUGCGCUGGGAAACCUGGAAGACGCAGCACUGCUUAGCUUUAAGCAGAGAAGUUCCAGAGGAUGAAACUCUGAAUUCCAUUUUAACCCGUCUCAUUUUAACCAUUAAUUGACCUUCAGAGCCCGGAGGUAUAUCCAGGAUGCCCUGGGUGGCUCAAUUCAAGAGCUGACUCCUAUCAGGGUAAGCGUGGUGAUGUUCAUGAGGAUACUGCCGUGGCUCCUGUCCCGCCGCCACGAGGGGUCCGACUGGACACAGACCCUGUGGAUGUUUUUAGAGAGGUGCCUUCUGCAGGGGCAGUCGGUGAACAAAGCACUGCUGCAGAGAGGCACAAGUACGAGAUUGCUUUUGUGCCCUUUGCGCCUGUCGCUUCCCUCAGCCUCUGGAAGGAACACUAAUUACAGCGUAUCUGGCUUCUUUGCACAUACUGGCAUCGUGUUACAAAUAUAUUGAUUUAUAACAAACUUAAAAUUUCUUUCGA